AUGCAAUAUGAUGGAGAAAUUUGGAGGGGAAAAAUUCUCUCUCUCCAUGGUAAGACUAAUAGUUCAAGUGAUUUAAGCUGUCAUGAGCAUGUACUUGUGCAUCUGUCAGAACUCUGGACCACAUAAGAAAAAAAACUUACUGAUAAUGAUAAUAAAUAUACAUUUACAGUUGUAAAGUGAUGACUGUUAUUUUGCCUCUGCAUGAAUGACUGCUAAGAGGGGUAAAGAAAUCGUUCUUUCUCACACAAAAAAGAGUCCUAACCCUUUUUUUAUUAACUGGCCUUUUUCAGACAGUAUGAGUGAUGCUAGAAGUGUUUUAGACAAGGAGCUUGGAAAUUCUGGAACAGAAGAAAACAGUUCAAACUGUGAACAGAAUUCAUCCCCCAGUAAGAAGCAGAGAAAGAGAACAAAGAAUAAACGACUUGAUGGAUAUGAAACCAGUCAAGGUACAGUAAGCUGUUAUUUGACACUAACAGCAUAUAAUGGUUUAAAGUCACCGCGAAAAGGGAACUACAUGUAAGUGUUAUAAAAAACUAGUCACUGAGGACAUUAUUGAAGGUGGUUGCUCCUUGUUCCCUUAAAUUUCAAUUUACAGAGGUAGAUAAUAAAAUAAUAAUUAUCAAAGUUCUAAAAACAUUUAACCUGUAUAACCGCCCUGUAUAUAGCGGUCACCCUGUGUAUUACGGUCACCGGACAGGUUCCCAAAUAUUAAUUUAGCCGUAUAUUGUCUGUGUAGUGGACCUGUAUAAUGGUUACCUGGCCAUUUCCCAAGGGUGACUGUCAUAAACAGGCUUGGCUGUAUUUUGUUACAGCUACUACAAAUUCAUUGUUUUUGGGAGACUCAAUUAUUCAGACCUUUUUCUUAUACAUUAUUAUUUUAUCCUGUUAUUUCUUAAAGAUGAUGAACCUUCCAAAAAAAAACCCAAGACCUCUGAGGGCAGAAAGAAAGCUGGAGGAAGCAAAGAAAAUGACAGUGAAAGUCAAAAUAGGAAGAAAAAUGCCCGAAAAGAUCAUGAUGAUGCAGCAGAAAAGGAGCGAAAGCGAAUUGAAAAGGAGCAGGCAAAUAAGCAAAGAGAAAAGGAACGGCAGGCCCUUACUGAGCGAAAUAACAUGUUGCUAGAAAGGAUGACUGCUUUGGUGAGUAAUCAAAGUGCAGAAGAUCCCUUUGAUUCCGAUGUUGUCUCAGAGUGUGUGGAUCUCACAACUUCAUCAACACCACCAUCAAAUCCUGUUCAUCGUCUUCAGAACACAGUAAAUGAGUUACGGAGUGCCACACCAGAAAGAGUGUUGUCAAUCUCACAGCUUCAAAAGACACUGGACAUGCUGCAGGGCAAUUCAGAGGACCCACCAACCACACCAUCUAUUUGUCAGACAGCAAUUCCAUCACUGCAGAGAACCUCUCUGACCACACUGCAGGAUGUGUGGGAAGAACCAGUAUCCACAACACCAGUUCAGCAGAUGCCAAAUUCCACCACACCAGUGUCAAGAUCUCCUCUGACAACUCUGCGUGGCAGAUUAACAGAAGUGCCACUGUCAAUACCAAAUCAACAGAAAGAAGCCACCAUUUCAGGAGCACAAAGAACCCCACUGACAAACACACCCAGAAAUUUUCCAAACAGAAGACAAGACUUAGUAGCCAGACCAACUGUGGGUGGUAAAUGCCCCAGACGAGUUCUACCACAGCCACUCUCAAGUUCAGAUGAAGAAGAGUAUUGUCCAUCAUGCGUAACACGCAAAAAGAGAGUGAGGGAACUUGAAGAUCAAUUAAAGAGCUUGCAAGGUCAAGGUAUGUAUGAGGAAGUUUAUGUGAUAAUCCCUGAAAAUUAAAGAAUGAGAGUUAAAAGAAAACAAGCAGUCUUGUUGUGAAUAAAAGAAAUAAGGGGUAUUAGAAAAAGGGAUGCACAUAAUCCAGUUAGUCUGCUUGGGGGCACCCUGUUUUGGUGGUGGAUCGAUCGAUCCACUGUCUGGUCUUUGUCCACUAAUUACAGUAAACACCUGCAUAUAAGAACCUACUUUUUUGAAGUCUGGCAAAAUAGGUUCAUGUAUUUUGGGGUACGUAUUGCCAAUUUAGGCUAAGUAGGUUCUUAAUUUUUAUGAAGGAGAUAAUUGAUCAUUGAGUACCAGAAAAAUAAAUGAACUCGGUUAAAUAUGCAGUAUUUAUUCGUAACUAUUAUAACCUAACAAAACUAUAUAAUUACAUGCAAGGUGAACUUUCGAUCUUGUUAAUAACUAUAGUCAUUCCUAUCAUUAUUUUUAAGUUUCUGAUCCUCCAAGACCUGGAAAGAUCAGUCCCAUUCUAGCAGAACGCUUUAAGGUAAGCACUUCAUUCACCAUUUUAAUCACAGAAUGUGCAUGCUAUUGUAGACAAAUCAGUGUAAAGUUUUUGUGCAAAUCAUGUAGUCGUCAAUGGCUAAUUUGAUGUUUGCAAGAGGUUCGACCCUACUAGACCUAGUCAGGCUUACAGUUUAACCCAUUUGCUCCCAGAUAAUAUGCAGCAGAAAACCACUCUUUCGAGCCAUUUAAGACCUUUUCUGGUUCUUACCAGGCUGAAAAGGAUCUACAAUGUAGAUGUGAACUACCCGAAAGACAUACUAACAAUUCAAGUACAAUGCUGAUAGUUUCUGAUGCUAAAUUUUAGCAUUGAAGUUCAGGCAUCAGGUAAAAAAGUUCACUGCCUCCACGACUGUUUUUUUCACUUUCCCUCGUCCUCACCUCUUGCUUUCCUUGCCCUUUUUUUCUUUUACUUUUGUGGGGCAUUUCCUUGGGCUAGUCCCUGCAAGCCACAACUUGCCCAAAGGGUAAACUGUAAGCUGACUUUCUUUACACGCCCUUGUUAUGUGUCAAAGUUGUCAAUGUCUUUUGAGCAUUUGAAAUGUGACAUGCGGCAGAACAUGUGGAAUUAUUAUACAGGCUGUUCAGGUGUGUAUGUCUAUAUAAAAUUGCUAUCAUAAAAAUAACAUGGCUGUUUUUUCUUCUUAAUUCCAACAGAUGGUAGAGUUGACUCCUGGUUCUCAAGUUUUUGUGUACCAGAACCAUAUUCACCAAGCAAUGGCCAGAGCGUCGUAUAAGUCAGCGGCAUCGUUUUUGUUAAACUGUUUUUACACAAACGACGAGCUGGUGGGGAUGAACCUGACUGGAGCAAAUGGAAAGAAAUGCCCAGACAAGGAGAUACUUCAAAGCAUUAUAGGUAUGUGUGCAAUAACAUGAUGACUAUGUAAAUUAAUAGUCUCUCAGAAACUGCUUUUUUUUAAUUUUCCCAUCCAUAAAUUCACUACUCAUGUUGUAAUGAUUUUUGACCCUCUUUACAGGAUUUGUCAUGAGAGAAUACCAAAAGCAUUCGCCAACUGAGUCCUCUCUGAAGCUGGCUUUAAGAAACAAGCUGAGUGCUUUGGAAUCAAGAAAGUUAAAGAAGGAUGAGUGAAAAGCUUAAUUUUUUUUCUUCUGUAAUAUAAUUAUGUACGCAGAAAAAGUUAAUGUUGUGACAGAUAAGUAGUUGGCCUGAUUCAGAUUACUAAUUUCAUUGCAAGUUUGUUAGGGCAUUCGGUUAUUGUCCUUUUUCAGCAAGCAGUCUUUGGGUUUGAAAUAAUUAUGAAAAAAUAUUUAUUAAAUGUUAAGUACAAUAUAUAAGC